AUGGCCGAGCUUGACGCGCCCGCCCAAAAGAGAGCCCGUCUGGACUCGGGGAAUCACCCUGUCUUCAACGGCCAUCCAUUUCCACCCCCUCCGCUGCCACCUCACAACCACCACUCUCGGACGCCGUCACAUCCCACCUUGGUUCAGGUUCUCCCCCAUUCGCCCUCUCAUCAGAAUCCCCCCAACAAUCUACCACCGCCUUAUCCUUCACAGAGCCAAGGACCGUAUCAAGGACAAGGACCGCUGCCUUCACCAUUGGUCGCACCCUCUGGCAUUCGCUCCUUCGCGGACCCACGAAGCAUCCCUUCACCCAGUCAACAUCCUCAUGGCAUCAUCGGCCCUCCUCCCGUGACAAUCUCCCAGGAUCGGAUCGCCGCAUAUCGCCAACCGCCCGUCCCUCAAACUUCAUCGGCCCCAGACCUCGAAAGGUCUCGUUCUACCAGUAUCAGCGUGGACGUCAAGUCUCAGCAAUCCUCCCAAGGCAUGGAGCAUGGCGGUCAUCAUAGUCCUUGGUCCAGUCACCCCGAACAUCGCCCUAACGGAAGCAUUUCGAAUGGCUAUGGCCACAACAUCACGCCCCCUCACCCCAACGGCCAGGCCGUCUACCCACCACCUCCACCGGCUGGCCAACAUUAUCCUCCACCAGUGACGCCUUAUGCCCAGGGCCCUUACAUCGGCGACUAUGCAGCUUCACAGCAGGUGAGGAGAAAGCAAGUGCGAGCCACGCAGGCCUGUAAUCACUGUCGUUCGCGCAAGCAAAAGUGCGACGAAGCUCGACCGUGUCAGUUCUGCCGGGAGAACAACUUUGAUUGCCAGUACAAAGAUGUUCCACCGCCCAAACAGGACAGGAGCAUGAUGCAACUCCAGGAUGGAGUCAACAGCAUUCAUGAAGUUCUCAAAGAAUUCGCCAACGAGUUCACCGCAUACAAACGCGAGAUGACCACUUGGAAACAGAGUGUAGAGAGCCGACUCGGCCCAGGUCGCGUCUUCGACAUGACAUCAGGCCAUGGCUCACCGGAGGUAUCCUUCGUACAGCCGCUCAGAGAGCAGGGUGGGUGGGGUGGCCGGACGCCCAUUCAGGGACGUCCUCAACCCAGAGUCAACAGUAUGAAGAUGGAAUCCCCCGUUGGUCCCUCGUCGCACAUGUCACCAUCCGGCCUGCAAGCAUCAACACCAAUCAAGCAAGAGGCCAUGUUCGCUCCUCCGCAGCAACCCGCAACGCCAGCAGACAGCGUCCGAACAGAUCUUAGUCGUGCUACUGAAACUGGUUCCAAAGAGAAGAGCGGCCUUCAGGGCGAUCACACGACUCCGGCCCACAAGCUUCUGGAAGAAUGGCAGAGCAUGAAUGUCUUUUAUCACGAUGUGCCGUACCUGAACAAGAUUGUGGAACAGGGCCACAAAGUGUCCGAUUAUCCCAUGCUCCUUGAGCAGGACCGUGGACAGUUGCGCAUCUGGGGCGUAGGCGAAGGCCAUGACAUCAGCGAUGGGACACAAGCGCCUGGAAGCCCCGAGAGUAGUGGUAAUGAUCACUCUGAUGGACCGUCUCCUGCCCCCGGCUCGGGUCCUGGAAAGGAGGGUCUGUGGGGUCAUCCGCCUUUUGAUUAUUCAAGUCCAGCUACACCAAAGGAGACCUCGGGAAUGGAAGGUGGAUUGGAUCAGGAUGGCCGACCGAAUUUCCAUUCCGCAGUGCUGCAAGAGCUACAAGAAUCGUACCUUGUAAACAUGCACGUUCUGCAUCCGUUUAUGAACCGAAGCAAACUAAAGAGAAUGUUCAAGGACUUUAGCGAGCAGUACAGCCCAGACUGUCGGCCCGUCCCGGGUAAAUCGCCCGUUCCUGGAAGCGUACCUCUCUCCUUCAAUCCCGGCGUGAAGAGAAAGCGAUCUACGAGUGCCUUUGGGGAUCCUGCAUCCCCUCGUGGGCCCAUUGAACGUUCAUUACGCAAUGCCAUUGUCCUCCUUGUCUGUGCACUUGGAAAGGUGUUUAAUUAUACGGACAAACGGUUGCCUGCGCCAUGCAAAGACAAGACCCCGUUUGCCGGCGCUUGGGGCCACACUGGAGGCUCACCACACCCCACUGGUAGCUUCUACAGCGAGAGUACAGACGAUCAUCGUCCUCGAAACAUCGACGUUCUGCCAGGCAUGGCCUAUUUUGCGUAUGCCACGGACAUUCUCGGAAACCAGCAUGGCGGCAACACAGUCGCGCACGCACAGGCUAUGAUACUGGCAGCCUUGUAUCUUAGUCAAUUUGCUAGAGUGUUGGAAAGCUGGAGCUGGAUACACAGCGCAUGCCGAGUCACUAUGGUCUUGGUCAAAGCCGAUUAUCCCAAGCUGCUCCGUAGCUAUUAUCUCUCCAACGGGCACCAGGUGACCGCCAAGGAUCGAUACCAAAAGAACUCGGUCAUGUGUGUCUACUGGACAUGCCUCCAGCUGGAAUCCGACAUCUUGGCGGAAAUGAGCACACUUCCACCCAGCGGUAUUUCUGAGCACCAGAGCGACAUCAUGUACCCAGCGGGCGUUUCAGACAGGUUUCCAACCGAGGACGGAGCCGGCUACGAGAAUCAGCCUCAGGAGGGGCAAUCAAGCAACGCGAAUGAUUCAUAUGCCAUGAUGAUUUACUCGAGUCAGAUUUGGCUGCGUGUCAUUCUCAAUGAAGCACACAAUGCUUUGUACGGGGCUAGUGGACGGGUUGGAUUCGACGUUACGAACGUCAAAGAGGUUGUUGCUAAUGCCAAAGUUCACAUUGAGAUUCUGGAAAGUUGGAAACGAACGCUGCCUCCGAUACUUGACUGGCAGGAUGGCGACCUUCCACCAACAGACCUGAAUUUGGCUCGCCUGCGUGCCAAGUACUAUGGAGGUCUCUACAUGAUGCUGCGUCCCUAUCUCCGAAUCGCGAUUCACGUCCUCGAAUUUCCGCCAGCACCAGCAACAGCAAACCAAUACAACUCCGACGAAUCCAACGUGCACAUGGUCGAUCUUUCGGAGGAUCAGCAAAAGAUUAUCGAAAUCGCCUGCAAAUGCAUAGAAAGCGCAGUACGAAGUACUAUUGCCUUCGAUCGCGUUGGCGCCAACCCUGAGAGCCCAUACAUGGGUUACCAAAGCCAACGUACGAAACGGUUGAUAGUAACCAAUAUCUUCGGCACAUUACAUGCGCAAUUCGGCAACAUGCUGGUUCUCACAUCAGUCCUGAAGUCCAAGCUUUACCCAAGAGUUGCGCGCUCCACGUCACUCAAUAGAACAAAUCUCACCGCACUCCUGCAACGGACAAUCGCUAUCCUCGAGGAGGUAUCGCCGAACUCUCCGAUUCUCAGCAUGGAUCUUGAGAUUUUGCGCAACGUUCAAGCGCAAGAAGGCCUACGGUAG